UCUUCAAUCUCUCUCUCUCUCUCUUUGACUCUUUGCUUCUGCAAAACCUACUUGUUGAUAGAUGACAAACGUUGAGAACAUGAGCUCUGUUCCGGCGUCGGAAGACACGGAGUUCGGGUUCAAGAGGCCGGAGAUGUACAGCACCAACAUCGCAAACUCCAUCACUUCGUACGGUCGCCAUGUUUUCGUCCUUUACAAGACUCCUGAAGCUUGGAUCUCACACGUCGAAGAAGAAGGUUUGCCUCAAAGGUUCGCUACGUUGCUCAAGGAUCGCAAAGCCGAUCUCCUCGUUCAGACGAAGCUUAAUGUAUGCGAAGGUGGUGGAUCCGAUGGAGAUGUGUUGAUUUUUCCUGAUAUGGUCAGAUACAAGGGGAUUAAGGAUACUGAAGUGGAAAGUUUCGUUGAAGAUGUGCUUGUGAAUGGGAAGCCAUGGAGAUCUGGGAGAGAGGAAAAAAUAUCUGGAACAUUUGUAUUUGUGUGUACGCAUGCUAGCCGAGACAAGAGAUGUGGUGUUUGUGGACCUGUCAUCUUAGAGAGGUUCGAGCAGGAGAUUGGCUCUCGUGGACUAUCUGACCAAAUUUCUCUCAAGCGAUGCUCUCACGUUGGACAACACAAGUAUGCUGGUAAUAUAAUCAUCUUCAGUCCUGAUUCAGCUGGAAAGAUCUCUGGCAAUUGGUAUGGAUAUGUAACCCCUGAUGAUGUUCCUGAAUUGCUUGACCAGCAUAUUGCUAAAGGAGAAAUCAUUCAAAGGAUUUGGAGGGGACAAAUGGGCUUAUCCGGAGGUGUAGCUGAGCAUGAACAGAGAGUGGUGCCUAACGGUAACCCUGUAGUUGAGAAUUUCACAGGAGGAUGUUGCCAAGGAGCGAACAGCAGCGUUUCGUGCUGCCAAAACGAAAACCCAAAGCCAGAGCCAGUCAAGAAAGAAGGAAAGUGCGCCAUAUGGUUCCAGCCUAUUGAUAAAGAAGAGUUGUAUCUUGGAGCAGCUGUGGUUGGAGCCAUUGCAACUAUAGCCAUGAUCGGGUACACCAUUUUCAAGAGGUCUGGAUAACAAACCACCUACGCUUACACUUCUUACUUGGCUAUUUGAUUCAAAUAGAAGUUUUGUUUAUGUUUUAAGAAACACAUACAAACCUUUUUGGUUUCUGGGAGUUUUUUUCCCUCUUCCUUUUAUGUAGUUUUCCUUUUCUUCCACUUUGUGUUUGUUGUUGUGCUUUGUAUUUGCGGUUUGGUGAAAAUCUUGAUAUGGGGCAACUUUUUGGGACCUUUAAUAAAACUUUGAUUUGGUUUA